ACUUUUGUACUUUUCCCGCACGGAGUGGGAGAGUGCGUAAGGGAGCAUGCGUGAGGCAUUAAUAAAGUUAGUAAGGAGUGAGUGAACAAGCAAAGUGCCUGCGUUUGAUUGCUACUCCUGUACCUACAAUUAGAUACAGUUACAAUUACAAAAUAUUGGAACUACAAGUACAACUACAACUUACCAAUUAGUGCUAGAUGAGCGCGAUUGUGACUCGCAGCAAGUCUAAAGAAGGCCCACAAGAAUCGGGAUCUGUGCAAGAACAACAGAAAGAAGAAAAAAGCGGCGAUGGAAACAGCGACGACACCUCUGUAAUUGCAGCAAUUCAAGAAACACAACAGGGGCCGUUGUCGUUCGAGGAGCAUUGUGACCGCUGGCUAAUAUAUUUUGAGGACGCAAAUGUUACUGAUGCGACGAAACAACGCAACCAGUACUUGAAUUAUCAAGACGACAAAAUGUACGGGGUCAUUAGUACCCUGUGCCUGCCGAAGAAGCAAGUCGAGCCGUCCAGCCUGGUAUAUCAGGAUAAAUUCAACAGCCGUGUGCAGAAGGAAAACGAAUCGGCAUCUGAAUUCCUGGCGGACCUUCAGAAAAUAGCAAGCAAGUGCAAGUACACGAAUGCCAAGGAACAAAUUCGUUCCAGACUUAUUUCUGGUAUGCGGUCUGAGAAGCUCAAGGAGAUUCUUCUAGCCGAAAAGGAAGAAAAAUUGACCUUGGAAUAUGUAACACAGAAAUUACUCGCUCAUGAACGUGCAGAAGCGGCAACAAAAGCGUUAAGCAUGCCAAGUGAAGCAGAGCAAGCAGCAGCAGCACUAAACCGUUUGCGAAUAUCACCGAAACAGAAAUUAUUCCCCCAGAAAGUCAAGCAGCAGCAAGAGAUGCAGCGACAAGUUACAAAUACGCAUACAAGAGUGCAGCAAACAAAUUCUACAUUCCAGAUACAAUGCUACUGCUGUGGUAAGCCAGGUCAUAAAUUCCACCAAUGCCAAGUCAGACAGAUUGCGUAUUGCAAGAAUUGCCAAACAAAAGGGUCUCACUUUACGAGAGCUUGCAAAAAGAAGGUUUCCCAAGCCAAUUUUGUUGAAGUCGUCCAAGAUGCUGAGGACGAAGAUGCAGAAGACGAUGAGGCGGUGCAGCAAGAAGAAGCAGUGGUGAAUUACCUACUAAAAGUACAGUAUAAUGCAAAAGGGAAACAGAAGGCGUUACACCUAGACAUACCAUGGAAUGGGAAAAAGCUAAGAAUGGAAGUUGACACAGGGGCGACGUUCUCCCUAAUUGGUUACAGUACAUGGCUCCAGUAUAAAAGUAGCACAAUGGAGCAUUCUUCGAGUGGCUUUAUUGUUAAACUAGCUGCGUGA